AUGUCUAUGGAAGAUCAAAGUAAAGAAAUUAUUGAUCAUUUAUAUCAGCAGCUACAACAGUUAAUGAGUGAAUGGGAAGCAAAAUUAGAAAUAACACCAUUAGCUAUUCAAUUAUGGAAUUUCCUACAUUACUUGAUAUUAUUCAACGUCCCUCAGAAUUUAUUUUACCUUUAG